AUGAAUAACAAUAUCGUGAUUUUCCUACUGAUCAACUAUUAUGUCAGCGGUAUUGUCGCUGAAAAUUGUGAAGUGCUUACUGCUACUGAUGAAGCACAGAGCUUCGUUAUAAAGAACAAUAUCACUGACUGUCAAUAUCGUGUCCAAUCGAAUUCCGGUAAACCGUUGAAGGUAUUUGUCAACGCGACAAGUGGAACCGAUUGUGUGAAGGUGACCAGUGGGGAUAAAUCAGAAACGCUGUGUUCAACAGGUACAACGACUGAAUUCAAAUCCAGCUCGGCGGUUGAUGUGAGUGCGGAUUCCGUCUUGACAACCACUACAACAGCCCCAACAACGGUUACAACACCUAAGCCAGCUCCGACGCCAACAAACCCAGAGGGAACCGAUGACAAAAAUAAGGAGGGACAAAAAUCCGGGACACCAGAAGACCCAUCGGGGAAGUCAAAGGGAGAAUCUCAGCCAGCGGGAAAAAAAGAAGUAAAAAUGAGUGCAGAAGAAGAAGCAUCAGAGGGAAAAUUGCAGAAUCAAGCUGGUCCUGCUGCUGUUAAGCAGUUAAUUAGGCAAACCAGAGAAACUUUAAAGAACGCUGGAUCCAACGACGUAACUGUCUAUUACAUGUUGGGUGAGUGUUGA